ACUCUUUGUCUGCUCCGUCUCUCGUUCUCCCUCGACGUCGUCGUGGGGCUCUCGGCCUCCAAGGUGGCGAUGACAGUGAGUCACUCGGCCGCGGGAUUUGUCGAAUGCUGGGGAAAAUCGGAGACGUGUUGUGGGAGGAUUCAGGUUUGACUGUGAUGGUGACCUCCUUCUGUAGCGGAGGAAUGUUUGGUUGUAUCCUGCAGCUGCUGCGGGAGGAGUAGGAGGAGCAGGAGGAGUAGCAGCAGCAGCAGAAGAAGUAGAAAUGGCAGCUGUGGCUGCAGACGGAAGCCUGUGUUGCAUCAGCCGGACGCAAUUGCGGGGCAUAGUAUAUGAGCCGAGUCCGGGAGUGGUGGCGGGAUUCGGAGUACGGAGGAGGACGAGCUUUCUGUGCGGGAGGAGGUUGAGGAUUUUGAGGACUGAGUUCCUGAGGAAAGGUAGAGGAGGAGCAGGGAGCGAGGGAGUGCCAGUGUCGCCGCAGGCAAUGUGGGGCCAGAAAGCGGAGCCCAAGCCGACUUGGGUCGCGUUGGAGCUGAUCGAGAGCGAAGAGCAAUUCGAUCAGAUUCUCAGUGAGGCGCAGGAGCGCAAUCAGUCUAUAGUGAUCGAAUGGAUGGCUGCGUGGUGCAGGAAGUGUAUAUAUUUGAAGCCCAAGUUGGAGAAAUUAGCUGCCGAUUAUCACAAGGAAAUUAAGUUUUAUUACAUCGAUGUGAACAGCGUCCCUCAGUCUCUAGUCAAGCGGGCGGAGGUGACCAAAAUGCCCACGAUCCAGCUGUGGAAGGACGGCAUUCGACUAGCAGAGGUCAUAGGUGGUCACCAAGCAUGGCAGGUCCUGGAUGAAAUUAAAGAUAUGAUCUCCAGAAGCAAGCCAAGAGUUUAGAGCUCAGCUGCAUUGUAAAUUUAUUCAGAGCGAUGGACAUGUCCGUGCACUCAGGUCCACAUUUCUUGUGUUCCAUGUACACUGCUUAUUUUUUAAGGCUGUAUUACAGAUUCAGUCAAACAGAGAGGUGAAUUGUAUUGUUGAC